UUGUUUUUUCUUGCCGCACCGGGCGCCUCUCUCCAACUUAUCUCGCGCUGCCUCACUCAGACCUCGCCCAUUGACGGCGCUCGCGCGCCCUCUUUCUCCUCCUCUUUCUCUGUCUUAGCCUCCGCCCGCACGAUCAGCGUUCGCUUAAGUGGGCUGUUUGGCAUCUUACCGGCUCUCAAGAUGGCGUCCAUCAUGGAGGGCCCGCUGAGUAAAUGGACCAACUUGAUGAAAGGCUGGCAGUAUCGCUGGUUCGUGCUCGAUUACAACGCAGGGCUGCUCUCCUACUAUACGAAGCGCCAUGGCUGAGAACUGCAUUCACUGCCCUUCGCUUUCAAUCAAUGCCUUCUGCGCUUCUGGAUGGGAGAUAUAGACGUAUCCCAUUUCACCUUCGCUGCUGCCCAUGCAACUCAGCGCGAUUAUUUGCCCAGCCGUCCCUCCCUCCGGAGUCCGUAUACAAGUCACGCCCCCUCCCUCUUUAUCUCCUCCCUCGUAGGUUGUUGUUUUUUCUUGCCGCGCCGGGCGCCUCUCUCCAACUUAUCUCGCGCUGCCUCACUCAGACCUCGCCCAUUGACGGCGCUCGCGCGCCCUCUUUCUCCUCCUCUUUCUCUGUCUUAGCCUCCGCCCGCACGAUCAGCGUUCGCUUAAGUGGGCUGUUUGGCAUCUUACCGGCUCUCAAGAUAGCGUCCAUCAUGGAGGGCCCGCUGAGUAAAUGGACCAACUUGAUGAAAGGCUGGCAGUAUCGCUGGUUCGUGCUCGAUUACAACGCAGGGCUGCUCUCCUACUAUACCGUGUGUAUAGAGGGAGGGACGGCGCCGGCCUCCGCCCGCACGAUCAGCGUUCGCUUAAGUGGGCUGUUUGGCAUCUUACCGGCUCUCAAGAUAGCGUCCAUCAUGGAGGGCCCGCUGAGUAAAUGGACCAACUUGAUGAAAGGCUGGCAGUAUCGCUGGUUCGUGCUCGAUUACAACGCAGGGCUGCUCUCCUACUAUACCGUGUGUAUAGAGGGAGGGACGGCGCCGGCCUCCGCCCGCACGAUCAGCGUUCGCUUAAGUGGGCUGUUUGGCAUCUUACCGGCUCUCAAGAUAGCGUCCAUCAUGGAGGGCCCGCUGAGUAAAUGGACCAACUUGAUGAAAGGCUGGCAGUAUCGCUGGUUCGUGCUCGAUUACAACGCAGGGCUGCUCUCCUACUAUACGAAGCGCCAUGGCUGAGAACUGCAUUCACUGCCCUUCGCUUUCAAUCAAUGCCUUCUGCGCUUCUGGAUGGGAGAUAUAGACGUAUCCCAUUUCACCUUCGCUGCUGCCCAUGCAACUCAGGUGAUGUGGAGGAUAUUUUUCAUUACUUGCUGUGUUGCCCCCUUUACAAAGAUCCCCAGGCUAAGUUCUUAUCCUCUAUUAGUAAUUUCAUUAAGGAUAGGCCUCCCAUUGAGCAGGUUUGCACCCUGCUUGUGGGCAAUGACCCUUUUAUAUCACGCCAAGUCGCUAAGUUUGCCCUUGCGGCAGCAAAAAUUAGAGCUAAAACCCAAAGACAGUCCCCGCCAUCAGCGUCUUUACCCUCUCAAUCCUUGUAAAUAUACUGCUGGUUGCAUUGGUAUAGACUUCUGCCUUAUUUUUUAACUUUUAACUUUUCAUGUGUUUUUAGCAGAAUUUCUGGUGUCUGUAUUGGGUUGUCUCUGUUGUUUAUAUGAUGUUAACAUGUAUUUGCGGUGGCCUACGAGCUGUAAGCAAUAAGCAAUAAACUCUAUUCAUGCUUGAAAGGAAACCCCACAGAGUUCAACAAAGCUUUCUCCCAAGUCAACCUGUGCAAAGCAGAAAUGCAGUCAACACUAGGCCCAUCCUGGCGGCCUGAAAUACUUCGUUAUACUUUCCAAAUACUUCCAUUUUCUCUCCUUAGCGCGAUUAUUUGCCCAGCCGUCCCUCCCUCCGGAGUCCGUAUACAAGUCACGCCCCCUCCCUCUUUAUCUCCUCCCUCGUAGGUUGUUGUUUUUUCUUGCCGCGCCGGGCGCCUCUCUCCAACUUAUCUCGCGCUGCCUCACUCAGACCUCGCCCAUUGACGGCGCUCGCGCGCCCUCUUUCUCCUCCUCUUUCUCUGUCUUAGCCUCCGCCCGCACUAUCAGCGUUCGCUUAAGUGGGCUGUUUGGCAUCUUACCGGCUCUCAAGAUGGCGUCCAUCAUGGAGGGCCCGCUGAGUAAAUGGACCAACUUGAUGAAAGGCUGGCAGUAUCGCUGGUUCGUGCUCGAUUACAACGCAGGGCUGCUCUCCUACUAUACGAAGCGCCAUGGCUGAGAACUGCAUUCACUGCCCUUCGCUUUCAAUCAAUGCCUUCUGCGCUUCUGGAUGGGAGAUAUAGACGUAUCCCAUUUCACCUUCGCUGCUGCCCAUGCAACUCAGCGCGAUUAUUUGCCCAGCCGUCCCUCCCUCCGGAGUCCGUAUACAAGUCACGCCCCCUCCCUCUUUAUCUCCUCCCUCGUAGGUUGUUGUUUUUUCUUGCCGCGCCGGGCGCCUCUCUCCAACUUAUCUCGCGCUGCCUCACUCAGACCUCGCCCAUUGACGGCGCUCGCGCGCCCUCUUUCUCCUCCUCUUUCUCUGUCUUAGCCUCCGCCCGCACGAUCAGCGUUCGCUUAAGUGGGCUGUUUGGCAUCUUACCGGCUCUCAAGAUGGCGUCCAUCAUGGAGGGCCCGCUGAGUAAAUGGACCAACUUGAUGAAAGGCUGGCAGUAUCGCUGGUUCGUGCUCGAUUACAACGCAGGGCUGCUCUCCUACUAUACGAAGCGCCAUGGCUGAGAACUGCAUUCACUGCCCUUCGCUUUCAAUCAAUGCCUUCUGCGCUUCUGGAUGGGAGAUAUAGACGUAUCCCAUUUCACCUUCGCUGCUGCCCAUGCAACUCAGCGCGAUUAUUUGCCCAGCCGUCCCUCCCUCCGGAGUCCGUAUACAAGUCACGCCCCCUCCCUCUUUAUCUCCUC